AUGCGAUUCAUCGUGGCAGUCAUGAGAGCUCUUGUGCUUCUUUUCUUGGUCUUUUCUGUUGAGAGUGCACCAGCUGAAGAGAAAUGCUCUUAUGGAUGGACACCUUUUGGUGUUCAAUGCUACAAAUUCUUCUCUAAGUCAGUUGACUGGAUCACAGCUGAGAAAAACUGUCAAUCUGUUGAUGCAAAUCUUGCAUCUGUGCGCAAUAAAGUGGAAUACAACUUUCUCCUAAGUCUUGCACCUUCUGGCACACGUGCUUGGAUUGGUGGCCAUGAUGGUGAAGUGGAUGGACAAUGGCUGUGGUCUGAUGGAUCUCAAUUUGACUUUACCAACUGGUGCUCUGGAGAACCUAAUAAUUAUAUUGGUAAACCUGAGAACUGCUUGGAGAUGAACAAAGGCAAUCAUGGCUGCUGGAAUGAUGUACCCUGUUCAUUCCCAAUGAGCUACAUAUGUGCCAAACCUCUGAGAUCAUAAAAAAUCCAUAUGUUUCAAAAAUGAUUGUACUACAUGCCUAUAAUUUUUUUUAUCUUAUCUAAAAUCUCUAAAAUAUCUCUGAAAUCAUCUUUAAAAAUUACUUAAUCUUUCUGAAAACUUCUCAAAUCAAUAAAAGCAUCUAUAAGCAGGCCAGCUGACAGUCUUGCCUAGGCCCGGGACAAGAUAAUCUUAGAGGGCCCCUCAGCCCCCCUACUUUUUACUGGUAACAAGACAUUUGGCAUUAUCCGA